UAAGAAGACAAAGAAGCAAAAAAGGAAUGGUUCACCAAUACCUAAUGUCCCAAUGACACAAGAGAAGUCUCAUCCUUCCCAAAAACUUCCUAGUCAAAAUGAAGUAGUGUCAAUUAAAGCUAGUGCCCCGAUACUCUUCAAGAUUCCUAGUGGGGUUCCUCGCUUUCUCAAGUGUCUAUUAACUACCGUGAAGUAUGUGGAGCCAAGUUUCAUGAUCAAAAUUACGAUGGAUUUUGAGAUAUUCGGCCAUGAGAAUGAUUUAUAUAUAUCACAAGAAGAUAUAGUCCAUGUUGGCUUAAUGGAAGAGAUUGGAGCAUCAUGUGUAUCGUUAUAUAUCAGGAUUUUAUACUUCCAAUUAGUGAAAAGAGAGAUUAGUCACUUUUUUCGUUUUGUUGAGCCAAUUUGGUUAUCAAAUGUUGGAUCCACUGAAGAAGAACGAGUUGAAUGGGUAUCAAAGCGUAUGCUUGAUUCAAAUCCGGGUCAGAUGUGGUUGUUGCCAUAUCAUAAGGGAAAGCAUUGGAUGCUUAUAAUAAUUGAUUUUUAUCACCAAUUGUGCUAUUUCCUGGAUUCUCUUCACAAUUUUCCACCAGAUGAAAUCAAAUCUCUCAUUUCUCGGUAAAAAUCUAACCAAUUAACUGCAUACUCUUUAAUUCAUUUAAAAUUAACAACAUCU